AUGUCUGCUCCAUGGGCUAAUGGCAUCACACAUGUGGGUCAAAGUUUUGAGGGUGGGGCUACUGAAUUUCGUAAUGUUCUUCGUAAGUAUGCGGUUGAAUGUGGAUUUCGGUUCAAGUAUGUGAAGAAUGACUCCGUUCGGAUUAUAGCUGUGUGCACAAUGAGGGAAUCAAAAGGACACAUGUGGUCUAUACACGCACGAGGUCUGCAUGCUGAUGAGUUCUUUUACAUUCGUAAGUGGAAUACAGAGUGCAGUUGCGGUGUUGCCAUUCGAACACCAAAAAACCUGAGGGCUGGGUCUGAUUUAGGAUCUGAUGUUAUCUCUGAAUUAGUACAUGACAAACCCCUCACACGACCGUCUGACGUUGUUUAUGACUUGAAGAAAGUUUAUGGAUUAGAGAUAAGCUACCGAGUAGCAUGGUUGGACGUUAAGAAAGCAAAAGGCGAGAUGUUCGGUGCACAUUCCAUUUCAUUCAAUCAAUUACGGUGGUAUAGUAAUUUUGUUAUGGAAAACAAUCCAGGCAGUUACAUUAACAUUGACUAUAAUGACCAAAAUCACCGGUUUGAACGAUAUUUCAUAUCAUUCAAAGCCUGUAUCGAUGGUUUCAAUCAUUGUCGCCCUUUACUAUUCCUGGAUGGUUACCUUCUUGAAGGGGAAAUUCAAAGGCACCUUGCUAGCUGCUACUUCAAAGGAUGGCAAUCAAGGGGUGACCGAUAUGGCGAGAUGUGUUCCAACGCUGCUGAGUCAUUCAACUCAUGGAUUCGUGAGGCACGCCACCUCCCAAUCACACAGAUGGUUGACAGCAUUAGAACGAAAAUUAUGGAUCAAAUGUCAAAACGCCAACGUAAGUGGCAGAUUAAACAGUUUCCAUAUGCACACGGAUUGGUUGCAAUCCGUAACAGCAGACGAGAUUUGAAUGACUUGGUUGAACCAUAUUACCAUGUGUCCAAAUAUCGUUCCACAUAUGCUUCAAGCAUAACUCCAAUACCGACUGUUGAGAAACCACCAUUCAACACUGAAGAUUUCAUCAUACACCCACCAGUUGUGAAACGACCACUAGGGAGGCCAAAGAAAAAAUGA